UCGAAGUCCAACAACCAAAAUAAAUUUAAACCUUCUUUUUUUCUCCCCUAAAUAUAUUUCCGAUAGGUUGCUGGCUGCGACUGUGAUUGCCGCCGGGACUUUACUAUGUCUCGCUUAUGGGUUCCCUUACUCUCCCAACGCCGGCGGUUCAUCCCUAAUCGUGUUUUCCAUAUUGUUGAAUCAAGUAGAAGAAUAUGCUCUAGUACUCCGUCUCCCAAUUUGCUCAGCGACUCGGUUUUCCUCGAAUCAGGUUGGAAUACUCGCAUCUCAAAUGCAAGAUUAUUGCUUCCUUUGGCUGCUGUUCAUAUUGCCAGGGGGUAUUGUGGAGUACCAGAAAAUGGGCUUCCGGAGAAACGUUUGAAUGAUAGUGCGAGUGACGGCAAGGUUGUUGCUAAUAAAGUUCAAGGCGUCCAAAGAAACUCAGUUGAUUUCAAAAAAAUUCCAAUUAAUAUGCUUCCAACUGUUGUGCUCGUUGGGCGCCCAAAUGUUGGCAAGUCUGCAUUAUUUAACCGGUUUAUUAAGAGGAGGGAGGCACUAGUUUACAACACACCAGAUGAUCAUGUUACUCGGGAUAUCCGUGAAGGUGUCGCCAAACUUGGAGAUUUGCGGUUCGUAGUGUUGGAUUCUUCUGGCUUAGAGACAACAGCAUCUUCUGGUUCUAUUCUUGAAAGAACAGCAAAAAUGACUGAAAAUGUGCUUCUCAAGUCUCAGUUAGCGAUCUUCCUCAUUGAUGCAAGGGCUGGUCUUCAUCCUUUUGAUUUGGAGGUUGGGAAGUGGCUGCGCAGACAUGCACCUAAUAUUAACCUUGUAGUAGCAAUGAAUAAAUCUGAAUCACUUUUUGACAACAGUUGUACACUUUUGGCUGCUGGUCUUGAAGCCCAAAGGUUAGGCUUUGGAGAUCCAGUUCCCAUAUCAGCUGAAACGGGACUUGGCAUGCAAGAAUUGUAUGGGGCUAUCAAACCUGUGCUUGAGAAGUAUAUGUUGAAAGUUAUAAGUGAUAAUGGUGGUCGUGAUCGCUUCCAUCAGGUCACAAACUCAAAUGAGGAUGAUGACACACUGGACAGUAAGACGAAGUUACAGUUAGCAAUUGUGGGACGACCUAAUGUUGGCAAAUCAACCUUGCUGAAUACACUGUUACAAUCAGAUCGUGUUCUGGUUGGUCCUGAAGCUGGUUUAACAAGGGACUCUAUUAGAGCUGAAUUUGAGUUUGAGGGUAGAACUAUAUACUUGGUUGAUACAGCUGGUUGGUUGCAUAGGACUAAGGAGGAGAAAGGACCAGGAUCCUUGAGUGUCAUGCAAUCGACAAAGAAUUUGAUGAGAGCUCAUGUAGUUGCUUUAGUUCUUGAUGCAGAAGAGAUUGCAAGAGAAAGAAGAAGCAUGAAACAUUCUGAAGUGGUUAUUGCAAGGCGAGCAGUGGAGGAAGGUCGUGCUUUAGUAGUAAUUGUCAACAAGAUGGAUCUUAUGAGAGGCAAAAAGAAUUUUGCUUCAUAUGAGAAGAUCUUGGAGGCUGUUCCCGAAGAAAUUCAAACAGUAAUUCCUCAGGUAACAGGAAUUCCAGUUAUAUUCAUUUCAGCACUAGAAGGAAGGGGUCGAUUGGAAGUCAUGCAUCAGGUGAUUGAGACAUAUGAAAAAUGGUGUACUAGGUUGUCUACGGCUCGUCUUAACCGGUGGUUGCGGAAGGUAAUGAGCAGACAUUCUUGGAAAGAUCAAUCUGCACAACCAAAGGUCAAAUACUUCACGCAGGUGAAAGCCAGACCACCUACAUUCGUUGCCUUUGUCAGCGGGAAGAUACGGCUAUCAGAUACGGAUAUCAGGUUUUUAACUAAAUCGUUGAAGGAAGAUUUCAAUUUGGGUGGAAUUCCCAUAAGAAUUAUGCAACGUGUCGUUCCAAAGAAAACUGUUGAUGGGGGUGGUAAGAGCAACAAGCAUGUUGUCCGAACACCUGAAAGAAUACGAUCUAAUAAGAGAAGUCUCAUUGUUGAAUAACAAAUAGCUUGAGCCUUGAACAACAUAUAGUAUGGUAGAAGCUGGAAAGAAUCCAAUUAGAUAGGAAAAGUUUAAAUGUUGAAGAACAGGCAGGCCGAGCAUAGAUACCGAACUUCGUUGCCAUUUUUGUGUUGGACUAAAUGGUUCCAGUGUGGUAGUGUAAAUCAUGAAACACAGGUUUGUUCUCACUCUAGGCAUUGUUUAGAGUGAGAGAGACAGACAAAUGUGGAGUUGUUAUGGGGGGUCCGUAGGAAAUGGAGGAGGGAUGGGGUUUUGAUUUUCAUAUAUACACUUUAAGAGUUCAUUAGAUGCUCUCAUGCAAUGUUAACCACUGUUAACUUGUAUGCGUUAGUAAAUUAUUUUCCAAGGAUACUUCUUUUGCCUUCUUUCAGCUGUUACAGGCUUCUUAGAGUAAGAUUGUGGAAAGAAACUAAAAGGGGUUUGGAGUAGUACUUUCAUUGUACCCAUUUUUCUUUUAAUUUAUAUUUUUGUAAAUUAAGAUGGUUGAUAUUGAUAAGCUUGGAGUAUUGUUUUCAUUUUA